AUGGAGAAAAGUGAUGGCUUUUUCGCUGCUCCGCUGCCGGCCUCUGCGUGUGAUAUACUUCGCCCUUUGUCGCAGUCGGGUCCUUUUCCAAGCAGUGGCGCCCUUGCUGCUCAAGCCCGAGAACAGCAGAAUGUGAACUCGAGCUUGGAGAUAGAUGAUAUCACUUCUCCCAGUGCGACAUCACCUGAGACUAUGGGUCGGGCACAAAAGUGCAACGAGUCGGUGCAGCAGAUGCGCGAGGAGGAUGCUGAAGGUGUGCGAACUUGGAAGCGGGUCGUUGUCGAGUACAGUUAG